AUGGACGCUCAGAUCGAGAAUGCCGUCGAGGCCGCCUUCAACGUAAGGAGCGAUGAUAACCUAAAGCAACAAGCCUUCGAUUAUCUGAACCAGCUGCGAGUCGACCCCCAGGGUUGGCAGGUCUGCACCAGCCUCUUCACCAGACCCGAGAGACCUUCCGAAGUCGUCCGCCUCUUCUGCUUAGAAGUCGUCAACUAUGCCAUUCAUACCCAGGGCCUCGAUCGCGGCAGUCUCACGUGGCUAAAGGACAGCCUCCUCGAGUACGUCCGCAACAUCUACGGCCAGAGCAUGCAAGACCAGUUGGAUCCGUCCCAUCUGCAGAACAAGCUGUCGCAGACACUGACCUACCUUUUCGUCUUCCUCUACAAUGAUGGCUGGGACACCUUCAUCGACGACUUCCUCGCCAUUGCGAGCAGCCCCAACAACACAGCCGGCGUCGUUCUUUACCUGCGAAUCAUUGGCUCCAUCCACGACGAGAUUGCCGACAUGCUGUUGACGCGCAACAGCAGCGAUGCAAAGCGCAACACCGACCUGAAGGAUCAGCUGCGCGCACGCGAUGUCCAGAAGGUUGCUCAGUCCUGGAAAGACCUGCUGGCGCAAUACUCGGGCCAGAACGACAUGAUCGUUGAGAUGAUCCUCAAGGUCAUUGGCAAGUGGAUCAGCUGGAUGGAUAUCUCCUUGAUUGUGAACCAGGACAUGCUGAACCUCCUGCUUCCCGUUAUCGGACGGACAAACAACUCUGGCAGAGAGGACAAAGUCAGGGACGCCGCUAUCGACACCCUUACUGAGAUUGUCGGCAAGAAGAUGAGAGGCCCCGAGAAGAUGGAGCUGGUUUCUUUCCUCAACCUGCGCGAUAUCGUAGCCCAGCUCAUCGCCAGCGCCCCCCUGAGCGAGCUCAAGUCCACUCCUCAAUAUGACACUGACCUCGCCGAGGCCGUCGCGAAGCUUGUCAAUACUGUCAUGGCUGACAUCGUGCGGGCCCUUGAGGAUGGACAAGCCGGUGACGAUACCCGAGCCAAGUCUGAGCAACAUCUUCAACACUUCCUUCCGUUCCUCCUCCGAUUCUUCUCUGACGAGUACGACGAAGUCUGCUCCACUGUCAUCCCCUCGCUGACCGACCUCCUUACGUUGCUGCGCAAGGUCGGCACCAACCUCCCCGCUUCCUACAAGGAGAUGCUUCCGCCCAUCCUCAACGCUAUCAUAAUGAAGAUGCGCUACGACGAGACGUCAAGCUGGGGCGAUGAGGACGAGCAGACGGACGAGGCCGAGUUCCAGGAACUGCGCAAGCGACUGCAGGUUCUUCAAAAGACCGUGGCAGCCGUGGACCAGGAGCUUUACAUUGAGGUCCUGAGCAAUCUCGUGUCCCAGACCUUCAGCACUCUCGACCAGCAAGGGUCUCGGAUGGAUUGGAGAGACCUCGACCUGGCGCUUCACGAGAUGUAUCUCUUUGGCGAGCUUGCGCUGCCGAAUCACGGGCUGGGUACCAAGAGCCAACCCUCGAGCACAGCAACAGAACGGCUGACCAUCAUGGUGACCAAGAUGGUUCAGUCCGGAAUUGCCAACUUCCCACACCCUGCGAUUUUGCUCCAGUACAUGGAAAUUUGUGUCCGGUACUGGCAAGUGUUUGAUGCGCAUCAAGAAUACAUCCCCCAGGUAUUGGAGAACUUUGUGCGGUUGGUGCAUCACGACCACGUCCGUAUCAAGACGCGGUCGUGGUACCUCUUCCAGAGAUUCGUCAAGUUCCUCAGGGCCCAGGUCGGUAACGUUGCGGAGACCGUCAUCCAGUCCAUUAGCGACCUGCUUCCCAUCAAGGCCGAGGUCUCCGAAAACAACGGCGAUGAUGACAUGUCUUCGGACGAAUCCGACCACUCCGCCGACGCCCUGUUCACCAGCCAGCUCUACCUUUUCGAGGCAAUUGGCUGCAUUGCGUCGACUGGGAGCACACCUGCAGACAAGCAGGCCUACUACGCCCGCCUGGUGAUGAACCCCUUGUUCAGUGACAUGGAAACACAUCUGCCAAAAGCAAAGUCCGGCGACGCCCAAGCCAUUCUUCAAAUACACCACAUCAUCCUGGCCCUUGGUCGCCUUGCCCACGGGUUCUCGGACUGGCAGCCCGGAAGCAACUCGGCCCAAAAUCGCCCCCCUCCGGACAAACUUGUUUCUGACGAAUUCUCAAGAGCCGCCGAAGCUAUCCUGAUCGCCCUCAGCGAGCUCAACAGCUCUACGGACAUCCGUACUGCUUGCCGCGCGUCCUUCUCCAAGUUGCUGGGCGUUCUCGGAUCUGCUGUGUUGCCCCAGCUCCCCCAGUGGAUCGAGGGAUUCCUCUCCCAGAGCUCCUCAAAGGACGAGAUGGCUAUUUUCUUACGCUUGCUUGACCAGAUCGUGUUUGGCUUCAAGACCGAGAUUUUCAAUGUCUUGAAUAUGCUGCUCACCCCCUUGCUGCAGCGGAUCUUUGCCGGUCUCUCCGAGCCAGUUACCGGCACCGAUGACGAGAUCCAGCUCGGAGAACUCCGCCGGGAGUACCUGUCGUUCUUGUUGGUAAUCUUGAACAACGACCUGCAGUCGGUUUUCAUCAGCGAGGCCAACCAGGGCUUCUUCGAGUCACUGGUUAACUCCGUCCUCACCCUGGGCAGAACUCUGGUGGCGGAGAACAUCGGACCUAGCAGGCUGGCCUUCAGCGUGUUGUCGCGCAUGGUCGUCGUCUGGGGUGGCACGGACUGCGCAAAGAUUGCGGAGAACCCCUCGGCGCCCAGCGGCUCCCCGAACCCGACCAUCCCCGGAUUCGACCGCUUCAUGAUCGACCGUUUCCACCCGCUCUGCUGGGAGGUUUUCCAGGACCCCAACUUCAGGCCCCACAACGACGCGCAGAGCAAGCAGGUCCUCAACGAGAUCGCCGGUCUCGAGCAGGCCAUAUAUACCAAGACGGGAGAAAUGUUCAUUCAACACCUGCAGUCGUCACUGUUCCCGCACCUGGGCAUCGACGGGUCCGACUUUCUCCGAUCCAUGUCGACGUCCGUGGAUAGGAAAGGGUUUUCGAGUUAUCUGCAGGGGCUCCUAAAGAGCCGUAGAUGA